UUCCCACCGUGCACAUGUUACGUUAGUUUGUUUUGAUCGUAAAUCAGCUGUUUUCAAACCAAUUUCAUUCAUACAUUCUUCGCCAAACAGUCGUGUAUCAAGCAUUUUUCUUAGCAUAAAAAUUAAUGAAAAUUCUUAGCAGCAUGUGCCGUAAUAUAUUCGAGUUCCGUAGAAAACUGCCUUAUUCCUAUCGCACUGUACCGGUCCGCGAAUGCAGUUCACAACCCAGCGCUUCCCGAUUGCGGAUUCUGUUCUUCGGAACGGACAACUUUUCGCUGCCCAGCUUGAAAGUCCUCAAUGAAAGCUUGAAGUCCAACGGCAAGGUAUCGUCCCUGGAGGUCGUCACAUCGUUCAAAGCCAAACGGAAUCCAUUGAGGCUGUAUUCGGAAAGCGAACGGUUGCCGUUACAUGAUUGGCCUCUGCGAAGACCAGCGGUUGGGGAGGAUUUCGACCUAGGAGUCGUGGUGUCAUUUGGGCAUCUUAUUCCCGAAUUGCUAAUUUCUACGUUUAGAUUAGGGAUGCUAAAUGUCCACGCUAGUCUGUUACCUAAGCUGAGAGGAGCUGCCCCGAUUGUGCACGCCAUCCGGAAUGGUGACACGGAAACGGGAAUCACUAUAAUGAAGAUCAAACCUAAGCAUUUCGAUGUCGGAGAGAUACUUACUCAGAGACAUGUCCCUAUAACGGAGCAUAUGCUGAUGCCGGAACUUCAUAGUCAGCUGGCCGGAAUCGGGGCCUCAACCUUACUCCAUUGCAUUGAGAAUUUGGAUCAGUACUACUCUGCGCUGAAAGCGCAGAAUAGCCAGGAUGCUACUUAUGCUCCCAAAAUUGACGCACAUUUCUGCGAAAUUCGGUGGACUGAAAUGACUGCCAAGCAGGUCUACGAUAUGUAUCGGUCUUUGUACUCGUACAAACCUCUUACCUCGCGGCUGGGAAAUGACCCCGUAAAAAUUUUCAAGCUUAGUUACCCAGUGACGGAACAGGAAGCCCCGCUAGAAAUAGGACACAUUCAAUACUGCCGGAGGACCAAGUGGUUACGAGUGGGCUGUCGAGAUGGAAGCGCUGUACUGAUUGAGCAGUUGUCCAUCGGAGGGAAGAAAGUGAUGAAUGCUCAGGAGUUCAACAAUGGAUUUCUCAGUAAGUUGGCGCCAGCUGAUAGGGUGUUACGAUAGUUAGGUGAAUAAUAAAAUAAUAGUUCAAUAUA